AUGGAGGCCGGCGGGGUCCGGUGUCCUCAGUGCGGAGCGGAGGACACUGAUGAUGACGAACUGACAGGCUGCCAAGUGUGCACGGGGUGUGGGCUCGUCAGGGAAGGCGGCCGCCUCACGCACAACCUUGAGUAUGACGGCGGGAUCGCCCACGGCGUGGUCAUCGGGAGCACGCACAGUGCCUUAGUUGCGGGGUGUGCCAAGGACAAGGGGACGAGGAGAACAGCAGCCGCGGUGAAGAGUCUACAAGGGUCAAUGUCAAGUUUGGGGGCCCCAAAGAAAGCCGUGGACCUUGCAGAGUCCGUUCUGCACAGGGCAAGGCGGCUGUGGCAGGGAGGCCAAGAUGUGGCAGUGCUCAUUGGUGCCGUCAUUUACAUCGCAGUCAAGACGAGCAAACUUCCAAUCACCCUCUCUGAGGUGUGCUCAUGUGUGUCGUGCCACACCAUCGAGCUCCUCCACUGGUCAGGGAAAAUAGAGGCAGCUCUGGAAUUGACAUCAAAUAUUGAACAGAGGGUUGAAGGCCUGGUGGUGAGGUUUGGGGAGGAUCUUGGGCGAGUGAUAAUCCAACGAGAAGCUCUGAACUUCCAGACCCCAAGUUCCCUGCAGGGUCUCAGAACAGCACAGUUAAGACAAAUGCAUGAGACUAUCGUAGAGACAGCCCUGGAGUUCUGCACAUUCUUCUUGUUCAAGUCUGCUGCACAUUGUCAUUCAGCACAUGACAAUGUAUUUGCAGGUGGACCAGGGAGUCUGUGCUUCUGA